AGUCCUGACACAUCUGUAGAGACGUCUACCUGUCUUGCUUCAAUGUCAGACAAACGGAGAAGACAGGUCAGACAUGGACAAGAAGCAGGUGCAGCGAAGCAGCCCUCAGACCCCCAGCAGAGCAGACUGUCAGCACCACAGACCUGUGGAAGGCUGACUCGCACAGGGAGUCAACAGGGUAUGCAGAAUAUCAGUGGGACUGGGCUGUCGGAGUCCACGGGAGACUGUCCCGCCACAGAGGCCCCACAUCUGGUCACUGAGGCGGAGGGAAAUGGACAGAAAGCUGAUGUGGAGGACACACUGAAGCCGUCAGCAGAGCUGCAGCAAGCGGGUGAUGAUGAGGACUCUGAUGACAGUGACGUGUCAGACAUGUAUGAGGACGAAGAACUGGAUGAGGAGGAAGAUGAUGAGGAGGAGGAAGAUCUGAGCAAUGAUCCGAGUAAUUCGGGAGACUAUUGCUGCAGCGUCUGCAAUCUCCAGCUGCCCUCCAAAUUCAAGCUCCAAGACCACAUGAACCUGCACACAGGAGCACGGCCGUACUGCUGCGCUGAAUGUGGGAAGCGCUUCUGUCAGAUAUACAACUACCGAGUCCACCUGCGCACGCACGCCAAGGCCAAAGCGGAGCGGCUCUGGUGUCGUAUCUGUCUGAUGGGCUUCAGCUCGCAGGAGCAGCUAAAGAAGCACUUGUCCAAAAAUCACCUAGAAGACCAGUUUUAUGAGUGCGACCUGUGCAAACGUGUGUUCACCUCCCUGGAGGACUGUCAAAAGCACGUGCAGCAUCACAGGUGUAUGGUGAAUAUCGCGUGCGAUGUGUGCAGCCGCAAAUUCCGCACUGAAAAAUCACUGGCACGCCACAAGAAGAGGACGUGCCUCCGCAACUUUAAAUGCACAGACUGCUCCGAGACGUUCAUGAAGAAGAACGCACUCCUGAAGCACAGCUUCUCCCACCUCGGCCUGCUGCCGUACACCUGCAUCCGCUGUCGCUGUCACUUCCGCCUGGCCAAGCUGUAUCGCAAACACAAGUGCGAGCCCGAGCGCAUUCACUGCGUGGCGUGUCUGAGGGAGUUCCUCAGUCAGGAGGACUUCCAGCAGCACAAGAAGGACACGGGCUGCUGGGGCAACCAGGAGCCCAAUCAGAAAACGGACGAGAUCCGGUGUUUGGAGUGCGGUCAGAAGUUCGACACCUCAGAAGAGCUGAAGAAGCACGCCGGCGCUCACCAGAGGGUCCUGAAAUGUGCUGAGUGUGGGAAGGGGUUCCGAUCGGCACUGCUGUUAAUGUCCCACAUGGGGGGUCAUGCAGGCAAGUCGCCUUGCUUCUGUCAGAUCUGUGGGUUGGGUUUCCCGUACCAGCAAAACUACGACAGCCACCUGAAAACCUGCGGACACACUCCUCGGUCUGUGAGCGUUCCUGAGAAGCACGAGACUACCAAGAGCUCACUGCCUAAAAAAACUAGGAAGAAAAGGGCAAAACCAGCCUCAACAAACACAACCAACUCAGCCCCUGUUCCGGAUCCAGUUCCAGCCAGCCCUGCUUCACCAGCAAGUGAAUCCUGCAGCCCUGCUCCAGGGGCAGGAAGUCCUUCUGCUGCUUCAUCCGAUGGGUUAUGGACUCUAACCAUUGAUGAGAAGCCACCUCCUGGAGUGAAUCUUGUCCUGUUUGUUCCUGUCGGUCCUACGAGCGAAAUGUCCACACUACCGGUGGCUGCGGUGCAGGCUCAGACAUCUCCACUGCUGUCGAGUAACAAUCUGCUUGGAGUGAACGCUGCUGUCGGGGUGCCGCUAAACACCUCCCUGGAGUUCAUACCGGGGUUUAUAGAUGCAGAAGCACCUUUGGAUUUGUCUAAAAAGUGUAACUCUCCCAAGUCUGCGGAGGUCUCCUCCCAGUCCGACCUGCCUGAAACACCUCCCUAG